GAGUGCUUUCUUCCUGCUCCGUAGUGUCACCAGUAACACCAGUUCUUUGGGCUGUGCUUAUUUCAGCAUAUAUUUUUCUCAGUUCAGUGAGUGGGGUCGCUGCAUAGGGAGAACUACAGCAAUGGAGGCCAUACAAGUUGCAAACACUGCUUUUGCUGUUGAUAUAUUCAAAAAAUUAGCUGAAAAGAACAAAAAUGCAAAUAUUAUUUUUGCUCCACUUUGCACUUCAACCUCUCUAGCUCUUGCAUAUAAAGCUGCCAAUGGUGACAUGGCAAACCAAAUGAAACAGGGACUUCAUUUAGAAGAUGUUAAAGACAUUCCUUUUGGAUUCCAAACAAUAACAACUGAUGUUUCCAAGCUUAGUUCUUUCUAUUCACUGAAAAUGGUCAAACAACUGUAUGUAGAAAAGUCUCUUAACCCUACUAUGGAAUUUGUCAGCUCUAUCAAAAGACCAUUCCCAUCACAAUUUGAACAAGUAGAUUUUAAAGACAAAACAGAAGACACCAGGCUGCAAAUCAACAAAUCUGUUUCUGAUCUUACUGAUGGUAAAAUGGAGAACAUUUUGAUCGAGGGAAGUGUCAAUGACCAGACGAAGAUCCUCUUGAUCAAUGCAGCCUAUUUUGUAACUAACUGGAUGAAGAAAUUUCCCCAGGAGCAAACUAAGGAGUGCCCUUUUAGAAUAAACAAGACUGAAACCAAACCAGUGCAGAUGAUGAACCUGGAAGCUACAUUUUGCCUGGGCUACAUAAAUGAUUUAAAAGUCAAGGUUCUGGAACUCCCCUGUUAUAACAAACACAUGAGCAUGAUAAUUUUGAUGCCUAAAGAGAUAGAGGAUGAUACCACUGGAUUGGAACAGCUUGAGAAGGAGCUCACCGGUGAGAAGCUGUUACAGUGGACCAAUCCGAGUGCGAUGGCAAACACAAAAGUGAAUGUGUUUCUUCCCAAAUUCAAAGUGGAAGGGGAAUAUGAUUUCAAGCCCAUUCUAGAAAACCUUGGCAUGACCCACAUGUUCGAUGAAAGUGCAUCAGAUUUCUCCAAAAUGUCAGAGUCCAAAGGGGUAGUUCUGUCCCAGAUCAUCCACAAAGUCUUCCUGGAAGUAGUUGAAGAAGGGGCAGACUCCCGAGAUGUGCCAGGAUAUAGGAUCCUGCAAUACAAGGAUGAAUUCAAAGCUGACCAUCCAUUUCUUUUCUUCUUUAAGCACAACAAAACCCGCAAUAUUGUUUUUGUUGGCAGAUUCUGUUCUCCUUAAACGGAAUCAUUAAUUAAGAAGUGUUUGAUUUAUGUUAUCUGUUACUACCAUUUUUCUGUAAACCUUUGAAACCCCAAUAUAAAAUAUUGAAAGGGUAUCUAAGCAGUUUUGUAUGUUAAACAGGCUAUACAACUUACUUUCUAUAUGAUGUCAUUCUUCAAAACCGAUUGGACAAAAUAUACUCUUCAUAUGCAGCAUUAAAAUUGUAUAUAAUUUUG